CUGAAAGCGACAACGACGCAGUUCAGUUCGUAAACAACGAAGGUAUUAAUUCGCGCGUUAUUUGAUCAGUCAUACAUUUAAACGCGCGUGACAAUUUUUUUUGUUCUGAUGGUUUGCCUCAGAGAUGUCAUCGGAAAAUUCGGUGCAGAAUACUUUCGAAUCGGUUACUGCUGAGACUCGUGUACAAGAAGCCUAUUCUCCGAAUUUGUCAAAAACAGAGUGCCAUAACGACGCAUCCCAAAGUGUGCAAUUUGAGAAUGGGACUCUAUCGUGGCACGAACACGUGUACAGAAAAUUAACCACUAGACCAACCCCUCAUUUUAUAGAAAACAUAUUGGGGAUACAGAGUAUUUCUCCAAAGUGUAACAACGGCGAAGAGACUGCAAACAAAUCAAAGAUGUCCUUCAUCAGUGCAUCUCGUGUAUCGGAUAGUGUGCCAAAACUUGCCGCCACGCAUGAAUUAAACGAACCUUUAAAUUUAUCGAUACGUAGUGAUAAAGUGAGAGCCAAGACUAUUGGGAAAGACUGUGUAAGAAAAAGGAAAAAGGCAAUAGAAGGAAAAUUAGUAAAUGCAGCUACAAUUAGUCCAACAAAUUCCAUUGCCGAAGAUGCUGAUGCCAAGAAAAAGAAGAAAGCAAGAACUACGUUUACCGGCCGUCAAAUUUUUGAAUUAGAAAAACAGUUUGAAAUGAAAAAGUACCUCAGUAGUAGUGAAAGAUCGGAAAUGGCGAAACUUUUAAACGUCACUGAAACGCAGGUGAAGAUAUGGUUUCAAAAUCGUCGGACCAAAUGGAAAAAGAUUGAUAACAUCUCGAAUGCCGAAGCGGCGGAACACAAAAAUCAAAUAGUUAAUAAAGACAAUACAAAAUGUUCCGACGAAAUACAUGGUAAAUUAAGAGUGCUGUCGAAACCUGCCAGUCACAGCUCGAAUUCAAGCAUUGAGAGUGAUUCCAAAAGUUCCGCCUCGCUUGUGGUCGACUCUUCACCCACAUCUAAGAAUUUUAAAAAUAUCUUAAGUGGAUGUUUACCCCUGUCACCUGAACUACACUUCCAAGCGCAAAUAGAUUCAGCUAAAGAUGUCCUUUUAAAUUUAUCUUUUAAUGUCAAAGACACUUCCUAAAGUGUAAAACUUAGUGUAAUAUAGCAACAAAUUUGACACUCAAAGUACAAUUAGUUGCACAUCUACUGUUUAUAGAAGAUAUUUUCAUAAACCAUUUAAUUGUUCUAAAAUAUCGACCAUGUUUUAUA